AUGAACUCUGCGUCCUUGCCAGCGGGUUGGACCUCAGCCAUUGAUCCUUCCUCGGGAAGAGUCUACUACGCUAAUUCGACCACUGGCGAGUCAUCGUGGGAGCCUCCAUCAAUUCCACAGGGGCAAGAUUUUCAGCAGCUUAAUCGAAGGCGGCAAGACGAGCCUGACUAUCAUGGGCGCCAGCAGCAGGACUAUCAUGGUCAACGGCAGGAGUAUGAUCGUCCACAAAACCAUCAACAACAGCGCCAGUAUGAGUCACCAGCUCAACCAGCUCAUCAGUAUCAAGAGCAACACCAUGGAAGAAAUCCACUACUAGAAGCUCAACAACAACCACUAGAAUCCAGCACCGAACAUGGUAGUAGACCCGCUGCUCUGACCACCACCACCAAGACAUCGACUGUAUCUUCCGUGUCAGCCCUAGCAUCCAGUGGUUUGCUAGUCCCAGCCGCUCGUGCUAUUGUCGAUAGUGACCAGGAUGUCAACACGAGAAAAGAUAUCGAACUUUAUGGCAUUACUGCUGGGCAACUCGCUGAUCUUUGUGCCAUCCAAAAAGAAGAAAUGUCGGAGAGACAAAUUGAAUUUAAACCUUACACCCCCAUCACUCCCUACGCAAUCAGCAACACUGCUAGACGACCUCCUAUGGAACCAGGACGCUUGGAAAUUCGUCUCCAUUCACUCUACAAUCAACUGAGAAAAAUCCAUGAGUGA